CUAUCAUCUGGCAUCAGUUAUCUGUUGCCUGUGCUUGACGGCACUCGGGAUCGUACAAAAGCGCUGCUGUCGUGUUUUAGUGUUAAAGUGUGCUGAAUUGCGGUGUCCAUCGUGUUGGAAAGUGUACCUUCUCCUUGAGAUAAUUAUUAUAAAUGUUAAAACCUUUGAAAACCGCUAAAACAGUGCUUUCGUUAAUUUAACUUAAACAAAAGAUUGAAACAAAAAAAUAGAAAAUAAAAACAAAAAUUAAAAGGAUACCAAAAUAAUAACAAUGGUGCUUCAAAAAACAAUCGGUGUUCUUGGCCAUUUAGUGAUCCUCGGAACUCUCCUGCAGUUGUGUAGAGCCGCUAGUGAGGAUUUAAGUGGCAGUACACCAGCUGCAGGUGCAACAUACCAAAACGCUGGUAUGCGCACAGUUUUACGCGUUUAUGAUGAGUGCUCCAAGUCAGAGGGUGGUUUUGUGCCGUGUCUGAAGAAGAAGACAGUUUCAUUUAUUGAUAGGAUUUCGAUAAUUGAUGCAAUUACCGUUGCUGAUGGAAUAAAAGUCGUACGGCUGGCAGAUGCCCCAAUACCACGGCCAGUUAGUGAAAACGAAUUGGAAUCGAUAUUGCCACGAUCAAUUGAUGAUCGUGACACAAAGCUAACGACAAUGCUGAUCGAUAGGUUGAGUCGAUUUUUUAAUGGCCAUUCAAUGCAAGUGAACUUUCCAAAGUUGACAUCUGAAGAAAUUGGUCGAGGAUUGGAAGAAGGCCGCGGAAAAAUGAAGAAAAUGAUGGGAAUGAUGAUGAUGGGCAUGGCCAUGAAAAUGAUGGGAAUGAUUCCACUGGCAAUGGGUGCAUUGUAUAUAUUGGCUGGCAAGGCGCUUAUAAUCUCAAAGAUUGCUCUACUCCUCGCCGGUAUAAUUGGAUUGAAGAAACUUAUGUCUGGCCGGGGAGGAAACGGCGGCGGCGGUGGUGGUGGCAGCCCAGCUUGGUCUUCUGGUGGUGGUGGAGGCGGUGGUGGAUGGUCAUCGGGUGGUGGUGGAAGUGCUGGAUGGGACAGGCGUUCGUUGAAUGAAGCCCAAGAGCUGGCAUACCGUAGUUAUAGUAAGGCACAUCAACAGCAGCAGCAGCAACAACAACAACAACAAAUUCAAGUACAAUCAUCACAACAACCACAAAAGCAACAACAAGAUGUUCAAAAGUCAUAGAUAAAUUUUGUAUUUGAUUUACAUUAUAUAUAAAUUUAUAUUCUGUUAAAUAGGCAUUUAUUGUAAUUUAAUUUAAUUUUCUAAGAAUAUAUAUUUUUUUGUUUUAUUUAUUUAUUUAAUUUAUUGUAUUUAUUUAUUUAUUUCAACAAAAAACAUCAAAGUUUCAUUUAAAUUUAAAUUUAAGGUUUUAUUUCUUUCUAUUAGCCCAAAGAUGGUUUUUCAAGUUUGAUUUCAAAAGACAAUUUGUCGUUAUUUUGUAAACAAUGACGAGCAAAGUUUUUAAACUAAAAUACAAAAUUAAAGAUUUUACAUUCAACAUUUAUGUACUUACAUAUUUAUUCUUAUUUAUUUACUUAUUUGUUUAUUUAUAUAUAUUUCUACUUUGUUAGUGUUAAGAACAAAAAUAUGUGCUGAAUAAUAUUUUAUAAUAAA